AUGUCUUUCGAAAACUGUCAUGGAGAUGUUUCCUGCACGUCCAACGGUACUAUUGUCUCAAGCUUCGGAUUGUCAGAGCAGGUUUCCGUAAGCAAUUCAGCACCCGAAGACUGUCAGCUUCCCGUUAUCAACAUAUCUGCGGACUGGACGAAGCAGUUGUAUAAUCAUACGCGUUCUCUGAAUUCGGAAUUCAUUGGAAUGGGUUUGCAACCAUUCUUGAUAUUCGGACUGAAGGAUCAUUCCAUGGCAACUGUACAGUACAACCUGCUUAUCAGUUCUUGUCUGGGGUUAUUUGAGCGUCAGAUACGGACCAUUCGCGCCCUCGAAGUUGCCGAAGACAGCCUCCGACGCGUGACCGGGGAUUUGGAACACUCACGAAAGAUGAACCGACGGUUACAAGGUGAUCUUGCGGCCGCCAACAUAGUGAACAACCAGAACCGAGAGCGAGAACGACGUCUGGAAGCGGAGAAAACUGCUGUAAAUGCUCAGCUUCGGUCUGCAAAGGACACGGUAAGUUCGAUUUAUCUCAAGUGGUGCUCCCCCUGCUAUCCUGAUUGA